GAAUAUGAGAAAAAAUUAUUGCGCUCGAGGUGUGAAAACAUUGCGAGAAGGUUGGCCACAAGAAGCAAUGAUGUGCGACGAAAUUGAAAGUCAUCCGUUCGAAGAAUUUUGCAACACAUAUGAUACUGUCAUGAAUAAAAUACAUGAUAUCACAGCCCCUAUUAUUAAUAAUGAAGCAGAUUACGACGAUGAUUUCGACUAA